AUGUCUUCGUCGGGUUUCCAAGCGAUGCCGGGCUGGUACUGGCCAGAUGAUGUGCCCAAGAAUGAGCCAACGCACGCGACAUCAAGUCCAGAGUCGAGUACAUCAGCGACAGGCGAAGCGCCAUCGUCCGGCCCAGGUUCACGUCGUCGACGCUCUCAUUGGCCACCCAGGCAGUGCAGAAUCUGCUUGGAGACUGUUCAGCCUACCUUUAAUGCUCCCUCUCAGAGUCUCCCAGGCUUUCUCCAGUCUUCCAAUGUCGUCUACGAGGAUGAAAGUGGUAGAUUGAUCCGACCCUGUAAUUGUAAAGGCUCCUCGAAAUACGUCCACGAAGCCUGUUUACAGGCUUGGCGCCACGCGGAUCCGAGCUAUGGACGCAGGAAUUACUGGCAGUGUCCCACCUGUGGUUUCAAAUAUAGGCUUGCGCGUCUAGGAGCCGGACGCUUCAUCGGCAGCGUUGCUGCCCAAAUUGCGCUGACAGUAAUCAUUCUUAUCGCCGUCAUCUUUGUUCUCGGCUUUGUUGCUGAUCCUAUUAUUAAUCUGUAUGUUGACCCGUGGAGCAUCUUCUCUCCGUGGUCUAGCUCCAAUUACUACUUUGAAGACGACGAACUGUCCACCUGGUAUGAGCAUUUCGCAAAGGGGUUUGCGAGCAUGGGUGUGCUCGGUUUCUUGAAAGUCCUAUUGGCAAGUCCGCUGUCUUACUUCAGAAUUGGAGGUGGAGGCCGAGGUCGCACGACCGGCCGUGAUAGAUACGAGCAGGUCAGUUGGAUCAUUAUACUCAUCGGCGUGGGUACCUUUUUAACGGCUGUAUACAAAGGUGUCCGCGUUUGGAGCCGCAAGACGCUUGAGAGAGCUGGCGAGCGAGUCAUGGAUGUUCAAGGUGACGAUGACGAAGACCUAGAUGAAUAA